CCCCUCCCACCUGCUGGGCUAGAUAAGUAGGCGCAGCAGCCCCACGGGAAGGGCUGCCGAAGCAGGCGACGCCUCACCUCCCAAGCCGCAGCCCAGCCGGCCCACAAGCCCGUCGCAAUGAGGAUGCCGGUGGGCCUACAUGGUGGGCAUGCUCUGCCUUUUCGUCCAGGCCAUCCAGGGUACGUGCCCCCUCUGAGCCAAAAGGCGGCCUCCAUUUUCUCCGACUUGAGCCCUGCGGAGCUUGGGCGUCCGGACGUUCCUGAUGGUCGCCCUGAACUGGGACUCCAACCGAGCAAGGGGGGGUCCCUCGCCAAGAACAGCCUCUUCCUGAUCGAAAUGCUCCCUCCGAAGAAAAGCCAGGCCUUGUGCUACCUCAAUACUGGCACGGAGCCCCCACGCCGGCGUGCCCGAGCAGUGGUCUUCUUUGACGGUGCCAAGCCCAACAUCACGGAGUACAUCGUGGGGCCGCUGCCCGUGCAGGUCUAUCGCCCGUCUGGCCAGCCGGUGGCUUUCAUCACCAGACCUGACCAACUGGAGUACAAGCUGGUUUUCAACAAGCUGACCGAACUCCUGGCCCCCCUGAACCAGUUCCUGAAGGACGUCUCUGGCUUUGGCCUCCGGGACUGCCAGGACCGAUGCCUGACCUUCACCGACAUCGCCCCACGUGGCCUGGCCUCCGGGGAACGGCGGAUGAUUAUUCUGCAGCGUGCCAUCGAGGGCUUCUUCCUUCACCCCGUCGGGCUGGAGGUUCUGAUCAACCACGGGGAGUUGGACCCCGCCCGCUGGUCCAUCGAGGUGUGGUACAACGGGCAGUACUUUGGCACCACAGGAACUGGCCCGCAGUACGCGCAGGGCAAAGUGCCCAUUGUUCAGCUGGUUUCCCAUCCAGACCAACCUCUUCCCAGCUUUGUGCCCCGCGGGGAGUUCAACACGGGCCCUACCAACGUGCAUGGUGCCAAAGUGUGUGACCAAGGACACCGCUACUCCGUGCAUGGCAACCUCGUGGAGUAAGGGUGGAGCCUGGCCUUCCGGUUACGCACCUCCACAGGCCUGCAGCUUUUGACGUACGAUUCAAUGGGGACGCAUCGCCUCGAGGUGAGAGUGCAGGAGGCCAUUGUUUCUAUGGCGGGAACCCCGGCCACCAUGCAAACCAAGUACAUCGAUGUCGGAUGGGAUGGAAGCGUCACUCACGAACUGGCUCCGGGCAUCGAUUGUCCAGAGACGGCCACCUUCAUGGACGCCUACCACCACUACGACGCCGAUGCACCGGUCCGCUACCCCAAUGCCAUCUGCAUCUUCGAGCUGCCGACGGGCGUGCUGCGCCGUCACUUCGACAGCAACUUCCAAGGAGGUUCUACCUUCUACGCAGGCCUGGGUCAUGCCCUGGUGAUCCGGACCACUUCCACCGUCUACAACUACGACUAUUGGGACUUCCUGCUCUUUCCUAACGGCGUGCUGGAGACCAAGGUCCACGCCACAGGCUAUGUCCACACUCCUUCUACACGCCCGAGGGAUCCCCUAUGGCACCCGUCUCCAUACUACUUGUUGGGCAACACCACAACCUGGUACCACUACAAGAUUGACCUAGAUGUUGCAGGCACUGCCAACAGCUUCGAAACGGUGGAUGUGGCCUUCGAGAACAUAUCUCCCCUGGCGAGCCACCGACUGGUGCAGCCACGCUUGAAGCGGGAGCCACGCCUCCGCGAGCGCCAGGCCACGUUCCCCAUCGGCAAGCUGCCUCGCUACUUCCUGGUCUCCAACCGCCAGAAGAACCGAUGGGACCACCGCGCAGCUACGCAUCCAGAUCACUCCCACGCCGGCCUCGUCUUGCCACGUAACUGGAAGGAAGAGAAUGCGUCCCCUGGAGCAGGACAUCCUCUUGGCAGGUACCACUUAGCGGUGACUCAACAGCACGAGAACGAAGGGCGUCAGCAGCAGCUUGUACAUCCAGAAGACGACCCAUGGCACCCCAGCGUGAGCUUUGAAAACUUCCUUCGGAAACGACGAGAGCCAUCGACAAGCAGGUCAGAGAGAGAGGACCUGGUGGCCUGGGUGACGGUGGGCUUCCUCCACAUCCCCCACUCGGAGGACAUUCCCCAACACGGCCACACACCCUGCAAUGUAGUGGGCUUCCUACUGCGCCCCUUCAACUUCUUCGACGAAGACCCCUCGGUGGCAUCCCGUCGCACAGUCAUCGUGCGUCCCAAAGAGUCUGGGCACAGGGUGCAGAUUCAGCGCUGGACUCCAGAGAGCCCGGUACACUGCGUGACAGAAGUGCCCUUCAGCUACAACGGCACCUACAGCCCCAUCUAGCUCAGCUGGGACCUUCUGAUCAUGGAACGCCACUGUCGCCGGUUUCGAAACACACCCUCUGAAGGACCUCAUCUAGUGAUGCCCCCUGGCCAGGCAGAGGGUCUGUGGGCAGAAAGACUGAGGAGGAACUGCCUCCCCCCCCUUGGUGUUCUCCCCACUCCAGAUCCUUUCCAGCACUAGCUGUCCCUCGACCGCCAGCAGCUGGUGCUGAUUCUGCCUCACUUGCUCCCCCUCCUGGCCCAUUACUGACUUUA